AGAGAAAAUUGGAAAUUGAUCCCCUAUGGGAUGUUUUAGCAGUGAGUUGUGAUGCCCAGUGUCUGCCUUUUUGCCUCUCCAAGUUCUUUAGAAUAUACAGCGCAUGUAUCAGCUGUGUUCUUGUAACACACUGAUAGUGAAAAAUGAGUGGUGGUUAUGAAGUGGAGCAGUUUGUGAAUACCCCAGACGAUGAUCUGAUUUGUGUCAUCUGUAGAGCGGUUCUACGCUGCCCUGUACGCCUUAAAUGCAACCAUGUCUUCUGCAAGGAAUGCAUUUUACAGUGGAUGAAAAGACAGGUGAAAUGCCCAUGCUGUAGGCAGUCUAUUGACCAGAACCAAAUGCUUAUUUUAUUUAAGCUGAGUAAAUCCAUUGGCCGUUUAUCAAUCAGGUGUCGAAAUGAACAGCAGGGCUGCAGAGCCACAUUCCUGCUUUCUAAUGAGUACCUCCACAUCUCUAACUGUCCAUAUGAGUGGCAACUGUGCCCACAUGAGGGCUGUGGGGAACGGGUGCUGAGGAAAGACGCUCAGGCACAUGAUCAGAGCUGCAGCCACUGACGACAGCUGUGCCCCAUGGGCUGUGGCACAGUAAUCUUUAGAGAGAACCAGACCCAACACAACUGCUACCGAGAGCUGCAGCAACGCUAUGUAGUCGAGCGGCGGAAGCAGAGGGCCAUUGCAGCCAACCUGUGCAGGAAUAUACUGCGCAUGCAGAGUCGCAUGGCCCAAAUAAAGAGGCAGAUACAGGUAAACCAGAUGUGUGAGAGCCUG